GAAUUCCGGGGCAAACUUCUGACCCAGAGGUGGACACAGGAAGACAAGACCAGCAGCUGCAGAACUGAGAAACAUUUCCUGUGCAGAUACAACAAAAUGAGCUUAGAAAGUGAUGACAAGCGAGCCCGCACGCGGUCCAAGACCCUCCGAGGACCCCCAGAAACCACAGGGGCAGACCUCAGCUGUCCUACCCCAGGGUGUACUGGUUCAGGACAUGUUCGGGGAAAGUACUCCAGACAUCGAAGCUUACAGAGUUGCCCUCUGGCCAAGAAGAGAAAACUGGAGGAUGCUGAGGCUGAGCACCUGGUAUCCAAAAGGAAGUCACACCCUCUGAGGCUGGCUCUGGAUGAAGGCUACCGAAUGGACAGUGAUGGCAGUGAGGAUGCCGAGGUGAAGGACGCCUCUGUUUCGGAUGAAUCAGAAGGACCCCUGGAGGAGGCGGAGGCUGAGAUGUCAGGACAGGAGGAGAUUCAUCACCCCCAGCCAGCUGAAGGAAAAAGCCUCAUCAAAUCCCAUUUUGGAUCCAACUCCACAAGCAGCUCUUCUGGCUUCUCCAAAGGAAGCUACAGCAGCUACCAGGGAAUCAUCGCAACUUCCCUUCUAAAUCUGGGCCGAAUUGCUGAAGAGACCCUUGUGCAGGAGGAUUCGGUCCCAGUAGCUAAGUUGGGCCCCACUGUUGUUCAUCAGCUUCAGGAUGAGGCUUCAAUGGGGGCCAGCAAUGAUGAAGCUGAAAAGGACCUCUUUAUACAGCCAGAGGAUGUGGAGGAGGUCAUUGAAGUCACCAGUGAACGUUCCCAAGAGCCAUGCCCUCAGUCUCUGGAGGAUAUGGUUAGUGAAGAGUCAAACAAGCAGAAAGGUGUCCUAGGUCAUGAGGAGGAGGGAGAGGAUGAGGAAGAGGAUGAAGAAGAAGAGGAGGAGGAAGAGGAGGAAGGAGAAGAGGUAGAGGAGGAAGAUGAAGAGGAAGAAGAGGAAGAAGAAGAGGAGGAGGAAGAAGAGGAGGAAGAAGCAACUCCAAAUGUGAUCUUUGGGGAAAACACUCCCCCUACCUCUGCCCAGAAGCCUUCCUCUGAGUUCCGAGGCCCAGAGCUAUCCAGUCCCAAGCCUGAGUAUUCAGUCAUUGUGGAGGUCCGUUCUGAUGAUGACAAGGAUGAAGACUCACAUUCCCAGAAGUCAGCAGUUACAGAUGAAUCAGAGAUGUAUGACAUGAUGACCCGUGGGAAUCUGGGCCUUCUGGAGCAGGCCAUCGCCCUGAAGGCUGAGCAGGUGCAUGCUGUCUGUGAGCCAGGCUGCCUGCCUGCUGAGCAGGGCCAUCUGGGCCCAGGAGAGCCAGGGAAGGUGGCAAAGCCCCUGGAUGUGGUGAGGAAGAGCUGCUACAGCAAAGAUCCUUCCAGGGUGGAGAAGCGUGAGAUCAAGUGUCCGACACCUGGCUGUGAUGGCACUGGGCAUGUUACUGGGUUGUAUCCUCAUCACCGUAGCCUGUCUGGCUGUCCCCACAAGGAUAGAAUCCCUCCAGAGAUCUUGGCCAUGCAUGAAAAUGUGCUGAAGUGCCCCACGCCUGGCUGCACGGGCCAAGGCCAUGUGAACAGCAACCGCAAUACCCACAGAAGUUUGUCUGGGUGUCCCAUUGCUGCUGCUGAAAAAUUAGCCAAAUCUCAUGAGAAGCAGCAACUGCAGACAGGAGAUCCUCCCAAAAAUAACUCCAAUUCAGAUCGGAUCCUCAGGCCCAUGUGCUUUGUGAAGGAGCUGGAGGUUCCUCCUUAUGGGAGCUACCGACCCAGUGUGGCUCCCGCCACGCCCAGGGCCAACUUGGCCAAGGAGCUGGAGAAGUUCUCCAAAGUCACCUUUGACUACGCAAGUUUUGAUGCUCAGGUUUUUGGCAAACGUAUGCUUGCCCCAAAGAUUCAGACCAACGAAACCUCACCCAAAGCCUUCCAAUGCUUUGAUUACUCUCAUGAUGCUGAGGCUGCACACAUGGCUGCCACUGCCAUUCUGAACCUCUCCACUCGAUGCUGGGAGAUGCCAGAGAACCUCAGCACAAAGCCACAGGACCUCCCCAGCAAGGCUGUGGACAUUGAGGUAGAUGAAAAUGGAACUCUGGACUUGAGCAUGCAUAAACAUCGCAAGCGGGAAAGCAACACUUUCCCCAACAGUGGCAGUUGCGGUAACAGCCCUGGUGUCAAGUCUCCUGAUGUCUCUCAGCGCCAGAGCACUACCAGUGCCCCCAGCAGUUCCAUGACCUCACCCCAGUCCAGCCAGGCAUCCCGCCAGGAUGAGUGGGACCGUCCCCUAGACUACACUAAACCCAGCCGCUUUCGCGAGGAAGAGCCUGAGGAGUCAGAGCCAGCAGCACAUUCUUUUGCUUCUUCUGAAGCAGAUGAUCAGGAGGUGUCAGAAGAGAACUUUGAGGAGCGGAAGUACCCAGGGGAAGUCACCCUGACCAACUUUAAGCUGAAAUUUCUUUCCAAGGACAUAAAGAAGGAGCUUCUCACCUGUCCCACCCCUGGCUGUGAUGGCAGUGGUCAUAUCACCGGGAACUAUGCCUCCCAUCGCAGCCUCUCUGGUUGCCCUCUUGCUGACAAGAGCCUCAGAAACCUCAUGGCUGCCCACUCUGCUGACCUCAAGUGCCCCACACCUGGCUGUGAUGGCUCUGGCCACAUAACAGGGAACUAUGCUUCACACCGGAGUUUGUCAGGCUGCCCACGUGCCAAGAAGAGUGGACUCAAGGUGGCGCCUACCAAGGAUGACAAGGAGGACCCCGAGUUGAUGAAGUGCCCAGUUCCAGGCUGUGUGGGGCUCGGCCAUAUCAGUGGCAAAUAUGCCUCUCACAGGAGUGCUUCUGGCUGCCCGCUGGCUGCUCGGAGGCAGAAAGAGGGUACUCUCAAUGGUUCAUCUUUCUCCUGGAAGUCGCUGAAGAAUGAGGGCCCUACUUGCCCAACCCCAGGCUGUGACGGCUCUGGCCAUGCUAAUGGCAGCUUCCUCACCCACCGAAGUUUGUCUGGCUGUCCCAGAGCAACCUUUGCUGGAAAGAAAGGAAAACUCUCAGGUGAUGAGAUUCUCAGCCCAAAGUUCAAGACAAGUGAUGUGUUGGAGAAUGAUGAGGAGAUCAAGCAGCUAAAUCAGGAGAUACGAGACCUGAAUGAGUCCAACUCAGAGAUGGAGGCUGCCAUGGUACAGCUGCAGUCCCAGAUCUCUUCCAUGGAGAAGAACUUGAAGAACAUUGAGGAGGAGAACAAGCUCAUUGAGGAGCAGAAUGAGGCCCUAUUUCUGGAAUUGUCCGGGCUGAGCCAGGCCCUCAUCCAAAGUCUUGCCAAUAUCCGCCUUCCACACAUGGAGCCAAUAUGUGAACAGAAUUUUGACGCCUAUGUGAACACCCUCACUGACAUGUACUCCAAUCAGGAUUGCUACCAGAACCCGGAGAACAAAGGCCUUCUGGAAACGAUCAAGCAAGCUGUGAGGGGCAUUCAGGUUUAG